AUGGUUUACAGUGGUGACUCUUAUUCAGAAGAAGAGAAACAUAAAAUUAUCGAGGAGUUCUAUUUAUCACCAUUAGGAGGACAUCAAGGGAUUUCUAAAACAAUUAAGCGAAUUAAAUUACACCAUACGUGGAAAGGCUUGAAGAAAGAUGUUAUAGAGUUUGACGCUUGCAAAAAGAUUGUCUUUACAACAAAGUGCCUGGAGGACGACGUCAAGGUCAACUGCAUGCAAGUGCAAAUUGAUGGUUUUACAAAGUUUUCAAUAUUAAAACCAACCAAAAAUGUCAAGAGCAGCACAACCACAAAAUUAAUGGAGGACAUUAUAUAUAUAUUUGGACCUAUGAUCAGAAUAAUCUGUGAUCGUGGUACAGCCUAUAUAGGGAAAGAAUUUGAACAAAUGUGCAAGUCUAGAAACAUUAUACAUGUAAGAAAUGCGACAGCUACUCCCACAGCCAACGGACAGAGAGAGGAGGCAGAUUGGGACAAGAACAUGGGAAGGAUACAGUGGGCCAUUAAUAAUGCAUUUAACAAAUCAACACAAUCAACUCUAUUUGCAUUAAUGUUUGGAUUCACACCAAGAACAUAUGAUGGUCACCCAAUACAAGAUGAAAUACAAGCAAUUUCAAACAGUACUUGUGAUAUUACCAAACUAAGAACUAGAGCCUUAGAAUCAAUAAUUAUUGAGCAAAAUAAAAUGCAAGAUCAUCACAACAAAAAUAGAUCUAGAAUACCUACUUAUAUCACGGGUGACCUAGUAAUGAUCCAGCGUCAGUCACUUGGUCAGCCAGAGUGCAGGAUUAAACCUGAAAUUCAAAGAACACAGACAUUUUAUGAAGGUGUGGUGGCCAUUGACCAGAUGAAACUCUAUACAAAUCCUGGAUCUGACUCAAGUGAUGAAGGAAGUUCAUGA